CAACUACUUAAACAUGAUGUUAUUGGUGAACAAUGAGACUUCACUUCUCAAACUCAAGCUUACUUCUUUCUUUGCCAGGCUUGAACCGUUGCUUUGAUGGUUUCCACUUCUUCUCCUCCACUUCCAAAGGAAGCUCCAUCGGAGGGAGAAUGGGAAGGUCCGAAAAGGGAAGCGAAAUGGUGGUACUCUACUUUCCACACGGUCACCGCCAUGGUUGGAGCCGGUGUUCUUAGCUUGCCUUAUGCCAUGGCCUACCUCGGAUGGGGUCCAGGCAUGGCUGUAAUGGUCAUAUCAUGGUGCUUGACCUUACACACAAUGUGGCUCUUGGUCCAACUCCAUGAGUUAACCCCGGGGACUCGUUUCGACCGCUACAUCGACCUAGCCAGACACGCUUUUGGCCCGAAACUCGGGCCCUGGAUAGUACUACCACAACAAUUGAUAGUACAAGUAGGGGUGAAUAUAGUGUACAUGGUGACUGGUGGGACCUGCCUCCAAAAGUUUGUGGAACUAGUGUGUAGUGACUGCACCAGGCUAAGACACUCUUAUUGGAUCAUCAUAUUUGGGUCCACACAUUUUGUACUCUCUCAGCUUCCAAACUUCAAUUCUAUCUAUGGUGUUUCACUUGCUGCUGCUGCUAUGUCAUUAUGUUAUUCAACCAUAGCUUGGGCCGGUUCCCUAAGCAAAGGCAGACAACCGGAUGUAAGCUAUGCUUACAAGAAAACAAGUGGGGCCGACUCGAUAUUUCGAGUUUUUAACGCAUUAGGCCAGAUUUCGUUUGCGUAUGCUGGACAUGCAGUCGCACUAGAAAUCCAAGCCACCAUCCCUUCCACGCCGGGAAAACCCUCAAAAGUAGCAAUGUGGAAAGGCGCAAUGGGGGCGUAUUUCGUGAACGCCAUAUGUUAUUUUCCCGUUGCGAUUAUCGGGUACUGGGCGUUUGGACAAGAUGUAACGGAUAAUGUUCUUGUUGCGCUUCAAAAACCGACUUGGCUCAUUGCUGCUGCUAAUUUGAUGGUGGUUGUUCAUGUUCUUGGAAGCUAUCAAGUAUUUGCAAUGCCAUUAUUUGAUUUGAUGGAGAAAGGGUUGAGCAAAAAAUACAAUGUCCCUUAUGGACUACCACUUAGACUUGUGGUUCGUUCUACUUAUGUUGCUUUCACUUUAUUCAUGGCUGUGACAUUUCCCUUCUUUGGCGAUCUACUUGGUUUUUUUGGUGGAUUUGGUUUUGCUCCCACUUCUUAUUUUCUUCCUAGCAUAAUAUGGCUCAUACUCAAGAAACCCAAGCCAUUCAGUAUCCGCUGGCUUGUUAAUUGGGUGGGAAUAUUUAUCGGAGUGUUCAUAAUGUUGGCGUCAACUAUCGGCGGAUUCAGGAAUAUAAUCGCCGACUCCUCAACUUAUGAUUUUUAUCAGUAAAUUAAUUUUGUUUCAAGAUUUUUAGCAAUUACAUUACAAUAUACAUAUAAUAAAUGUAUGUAUA